AGGAUCUGCAGGAGAGCAUUAACAUAGUGUGCUCUCUUUGUAGUUCUUUUCCAGAUUAAAUUUUACCUUUACCUGGUCAGGUUCGUUUUUCAUUUAGGUUAGGGUUUUCGCUUUUCAGUCAUCGACGUUCGACACUGUUGAAUUGGUUGGAUUUCAUAUGACUAAGUUCUGUGGAAUGUUACAGACUAAAGUAUAAACUUGUUCCAGCAAUUUGUUUUCAAGCUGGGGGAGCUUGGUCAUUCUGAUGAUCCUAAACCCUAAUCCUUCUCCUCACCGUAUUACGGUGAAAUAGAUUAUUGACAUAUCAUGACUUCUUCAUUUCGUACGACUAGCUUGCUGUUGACCUGCUUGGAACGUUGCAAACCACAACGGGCACUGUACGGACCGCUGCGCUGUCUCACCAGCACCUCAACAUCACCUCCAGUGUCUGCGACUGUAGCGAACGCCGCAAUUACUGCAACAGCAUGGACAAACCAGAAACUUUCGUACUGGAUGCAGAUGUACGAAGACUUUCUGGGCUUAACAGAAGUCAAAAACGCACAGAACCAAGUUAUUCAGGCCGAAAGAGACUUCAUCGAAGCACAGCAAGAACGGCGGGAGCGAACAAUGCAAGUGACAGGCGUUCAAAACAAGUUAAAGGAAAUUCGUGCUGAAUUGGAUAGGACGUCUCGCGGCGAAGACAAAUAUUUAGAACUGGUCACACAGGAGCAUCGACUGGUGAAGGAAGAGCGAAGUUUGGAAACCGUUUUGGAACAUUCAGAGAGCAGGGAACGAGAUAGGUUUGCACUAUUAUCUGCCGCUGUUCGCGAAAGCCAUGAAAAGGAGCGAUCUCGAGCUGAACGCACGAAAUACUGGUCAGUGAUCGGAUCGGUUAUUGGGGCGAUUAUUGGAAUACUGGGAACGUCGAUUAAUAAUUGGUUGAAAAUGCGGGAAUUGCAGAGCUUGGUGACGCGCUCAGCAGCCGGCAGCGCUGUACCGGUGGAGAAUAUUGCCGGGGAAUUAUCAGCUCUCGCUAAAACUCAACACCAACAACUGGAGUCUUUCAUUGGGGAUCUGAAAACAUUAUUAGGAGAACAGGGACAUGCGCCUGAAGGCCAGGUCACGGUACCCACAGUGGAUGGCUCAUUACCGUCCAAAGAUGUUCUGCAGUUGCUUACCGAGCAGCGAUUUGUCCUACUAAAGGAGAUGCAGACCGUUAAAGACUUGGUAGCCGCGAGGAAAAAUUUGAGCCCAUCCAGCGCAGAGGCGAUUGUGUACGUGAAGAAUGAUCUUGCAGAGGCUCUGGAGAGAACUGAGCAGAGCAUGGAGUGGAAAAUGAAAAUUAAUUCAAUAGUUACUGCCGCCUUUCUUUACACAGCUUUUGCGUUAUCCGUACCGGUAAUUUAUUAUCUGUUUGGUCAGAAAUAAAUAGCUAGAACUCUAUGAUUUCCAGAUAAUGAUUGUGAUGGUCUUUGUUUUUCUUUUAUGUGAUUUUAAUUAUCUUUUGCCGUUUGUAAUAUUUCUAAAGAAAAAUGGGAGGCAUAAAUAGCAACACUUGA